UCUGCGUUGGGCGGUCGAGGCGUUCGCAUCUCGGACAGCAAACUGAAAGGCUACUGCUGAAUUUUCGCACUCAGCACGAGCGUUUACGUAUCUUGCAGUCGUGUAUCUGGUCGGUUCGCGUACUCGCAUAUCCGUGUUUGUUGUUUGCCAGCGCGUGUGUGCCGCUGUGUGUGUGCCCCUGUGAGUGUGUGAGUGAGUGUGACGGUGUGGUGGUGCGAGGGCCACACGCGCAACGAAAGCGAAAGUUUUGUUUGGCGCGCGUGUUGCCAUUGGCGUCUGCGAAUUUGCACACACACAACCCCCGUUCCCGGCUUUCCCCUUCCCGCCGCCCAGAAUAGAUUAAAAGCGUGUGAAAACAAAUGGGAAAAUAUAACAAAAAUAUAGGAAAAUUAUAAGAAAAGUAAAGAGAUAAUGUUCAUUACUGCCAAUGAGGGUGCAUUAAAUUAGGCGAGCCUAGGCGGAGGAAACACGACGACACGGCAGCAUUGCUCCCGCAAAAACCGGUGACCUGAGCAAUCGCCUCGCCUCGGAUCAGCCUUCUUCGGCUUUAACUAUCGGAUGACGGAUAAGGCAUAAAUAAUGAAAAGUAAUUUCAGCGCAUAUUGGCGCAUUGACAUCGGCCUGGAACCGACAGACUGAGCGGCUUGGGGGCUGACGGUCUGGGAAAAGCGACUUAACCGCCCCACAAGUAUUUUAAAUACUGCGGACAGGGGCAAAUGGAACGCGGGGCUGUGGUCUGAGCACAGUGUGAAUAGACGCUGCCAGAAGAGAAAGACUCGCCAGAAGAUGGCGCCCACCAUAUGUUCGGAGAAGAAGCAGCUGCGCGAAACGAGGCGACAUCAUGGCGUGGCCACAGCCGCCAUAUCAUCCUCCUCAGCCUCAGCCGCAGCCACCACAUCCUCGUCCUCAGCCUCAUCCACGGGAUCCACAUCUGCAGCCGCCGCCACACAAGCCAGCUCGGUGCUCAACUAUGUGGCCAAGGGUUCGAUGACCUCCUCGGGUCGCCGCCGCCCGGUGAGGCUGCAGCGCCGGAUGCCGCACAUUCUGGCCCGCGUGGCCUCCUUCUCCACGGACACGAGCAGCGGCGUGGAGACGGAGGUGGAGCAGGAGAUGGACUCCGACCAGCGGAUGCAGGGCGCCGAGGACAGCUACUUGGAUGCCAGAAUCCAGCAACAGCCACAUUCCAGCAGCGACAACAACAUCAAGACAGUAUUACAGCCGACGAUGGCCGGUGGCUACAGCAGCAAGCACAACCGAUCGGCGGGGCAGGCCAAGAACUGUGAUCAGGAGAUGGUGCCACUGCAGGUGGUGGUGGACGACGACGACGACGGCGACAGUGGGUACGAGUACAGCCAGGACCCGAUAAAGGAGCAGCACCUGUACCACCAGAACAGCGAGGGCCUUCUAUCCAUUGCCAUCAAGACCAUCAAGCUGGUGCAGCGCAACAAGCUGCUGCAGAAGCGACUGGCCCAGCUGCAGCUGGAGACCUCGGAGUUCAUUGCCUCGGUGCUGGCCAACCCGGAAAACCGCCAAUUCCGGGAGAAAAUCUCGCCCAAGGCCGAGGCCAAGGUCAGCAACAUGCUGCUGCGCCACUAGGGGGGCGCUUUUCUUUUUGAUCUGGAAAAAUCAAAACCGUUUAGCCCCGUUUCUGGACGUGAUAGAGAGGGUAUAAUUUACAAAAUUAAUUUACUUUCAUCUGUAAUUGUAUUUAAUUUAUUAACUUAUCAAAACAAUCUGGGCAACAUGUUGCUGCAACAUUGCUAAGGCACAUUCAAAAAACCUUGCCUACUUCUGUGCUGCGUAUGUAAAAUGGAAAACUACAUGUCAAAUGUAUGUAGAAUCUGAAUAUCCCUUUUCAAAUAAAAUUUCAAAAAUCAUUUACCAAGAAAAAAACUUGUCCACACGUCCAGGAAACCCAUUUUUUACGGGCUUAGUUUUGAAGAAUUCGUACUGAUUAAAUUUACAACAAAAAUGCAUCAAAGCAUAACAAUAUAAAUUUAUACAACAUAGAAGAGCGCUAUGCUAACAUUUACAAAAACAAAAAUAUUUAUAUGAAUCCAAAAAGUCCAAAAGUGUAUCCGUAGUCGUUAAGUACAUUCUAUGUUUUACAGUUUCUACACUCAAGAAUUAAUUUAUAAUAAAUCUACCUAAUACAUAUAUCUAGAAACAAAAACCAGGCAUAAUCAAUGGAACCCUACGACGCUUUUCGCUUUAUACAACAAAUAGGUAUAGUGAAAAUUAAUUGACAUGCAAAGCAAUUGGUUUAAACAAAAAAUACGUAAAUCAUUUUCGGUAUUACUAAAUUAGCCGAUAUACUUCAAUGAGUAUGCCUAAGUAUAUGCAAACUAUCAAGCAACGCAAAUCAAAGCAAAACCCAAAUACAAGCUAACUAAGAGCAAAAAUCGUUCCAAUUCUAAAACUUUUAAUCAAAUCAAAUUAACUGGCAUUCUCCACAUACUUACAAGGAUAUCAGUCAUCAAGCUCGCCACAAAGAAGAUUUCAUCAAUAAAAUUAGUGACAAAUUAAACAUA